CUUCAUGAAUGGUGGGAGCACUUCGUUUUCAAUCGGGGGCAACAGCAUUGCAUACGAGUCAAUAGUAAAGAAUGUCUUCGCUGGGAUUGUGUGCGUCCGUAUCCGUGGCUGUUGUAGGAAAAUCUACAAAAAUGGGUAAAGCCACUGGCGGAACAAGGCGAGCAGCGCUUGGAGAGCUAACUAACGUUCCCAGUGUAGCUGUAAACACAAAGGGUAUACCACUCAAAUAUAGCGCCAAACCAGCCCUGAACCAGAAGAUCCAUCAGAAGUGUGUGGCAGUAGUACAGCCAUUUCAUGCCCCAGAAAGCCCCCUGCCCUUCCUUCCUGAGGAGGUGGGCGACAUCUCCAUGGAGGAAGAGGAACUCUGCGAGGCGUUCUCGCAUGCCAUCCUUGCUGUUGAAGAUAUCGAUGACCAGGAUGUGGAGAUGCCACAUUUGUGUGCUGAAUAUGUGAAGGACAUUUAUGCCUAUCUCAUGGCUCUUGAGCAAAAACAAAGUGUACGACCCAAUUACAUGCAAGGCUAUGAAAUCAAUGAAAGGAUGAGGGCCCUCCUAGUCGACUGGCUGAUCCAGGUUCACUCUAGGUUCCAGCUGCUGCAAGAGACUCUGUAUCUCACAGUUGCUAUUCUGGAUCGUUUUCUACAGGUUCAGCCUGUGUCGCGCAAGAAACUCCAGCUUGUAGGCGUGACGGCCAUGUUGGUGGCUUCAAAGUAUGAGGAGAUGUACAGUCCUGAGGUGGCAGACUUUGCAUACAUCACUGACAAUGCCUUCACCAAGGGCCAGAUUCUACUAAUGGAGCAGAUGAUUCUCAGGGGCCUCGACUUCAACCUUGGACGUCCUCUGCCUUUACACUUUCUCAGGAGAGCCUCAAAGGCAGCAAAUUCCAAUGUGGAGAAGCAUACCCUUGCCAAGUAUCUUAUGGAGCUGACCCUGGUGGAUUUCGCCAUGGUGCACUACCGGCCCUCCGAGAUCGCCGCUGCUUCCCUGUGCCUCUCUCAGCUCCUGCUGGAGGACCUUCCAUGGUCGCCCACGCAGCACCACUACGCUACCUAUGACGUGGGCCACCUGAAGCCGAUCAUGCAGCACAUGGCGAAGAAUGUAGUGACCGUCAAUGGAGGCAAAACAAAGUUUCAGGCUGUCAAGACCAAGUACUCAAGCAGCAAGUUAAUGAAGAUCAGCCUGACCCCUCACCUUAAGUCAUCAGCCCUUAUGGCUAUGGCUGCUCCUUUGCUAAAUCACUGAUUGUCUUUUUAUUUUUUUAAAUACAGAUGAACUUUUAGCGGCACUUUAUUUAACUACUUUGGGGAUGGGUUGACUUUGAAUAAAUGUUUUCAAAAAACGAU